AUGCAUCGCACCGUCCGUCGCCACCUCUUGUUGCUCGGUCUCUGGCCCUCGUUGCUCGACGCGGCAGUGCACGUUGCGUGGAAGCUACAGCUCUUCAGCAUCGCGCUCCUGCACUUGCUCUUCUCGAGCGACAAGCAGUGGCUGCUGCAACAACAGACGCCGUCAACAAGCGCAGCACCGACGACCGAAGCCGUUCCUUCACCAGUGAUAGUACCAGUGGAUGCCGCAGCACUCGAGCAGCCGACUGCGCUGGUGACAAAGUCCCGACGCAUUGUCUUUGUCCGCCACGCCGAGUCCGAGUGGAACGUCGUGUUCAACUCGGGCUUCAAUCUGCGUGCGCUCGCGCGGCUCGUGCGUGCCGUACUGCGCGAGUGGCUGCUGCUACCCACCGGUGACUCGGUGUUCCUCGACUCCCCACUGAGUCGACGCGGUCGCUUCCAGGCACAACAGCUCAAGGAGUACGCGGGGGACGAAUCGCUCGAAGGAGGCCGUCUGGGCGGUCGAGCAGCACCAGUGCCAGGCACAGGAGAGGUGGCAGUGGACGAAGGAGUCUGUGACUCGCCGCAUCCGACGGACGAGAGCGCGUGGCUGCACUACUUGUGCUGUCCGUUGCCUGGCAGCGUCGUGGCCACGUCGAAUUUGCGGCGCUCGAUCGACACGGCGCGCAUUGCAUCGGCGCCGAGGCUCGAGGUGCCUGGCGAGAGAAUCCACGUGCUGUCGUGUCUGCAGGAGAUUGGCCGCAACGUGGAUACUCUGGCCAUCAGUCAGCCGCACUCAGUGCAGCCGCGGGAGGUGCUUGUGAAGGCGCCACGUGGAGAGAAGCGACACGACGAGUUGUUUAACGUGGCCGAGAGUCACGGGAACAAGGCGGUGCUGGGCAGCGGACGUGACCGUCUACUGACGUUUGCGCAGUGGCUCUUUAAGCAGCCCAACGACGUGGCCAUCGUGUAUGGACACUCGCUGUGGCUCCGUGCUUUCUGUCGCGAGUUUUUCCCUCGUCAUGUGCCUCAUGAAGCCAAGUCGGCCACGACGCGCAAUUGUGGCGUAGUGACGUUUGUCUUGGAAGAGCAUAGCAGAGGCGGAGGCGAGACCCCGCAGUAUACUAUCCAACCCGAGAGCUUCCGAAACCUCGUUUGA